AUGCAGAAUGAAAGUCUGCGUCGAAUGACAUAUAAUUCAAUGUGUUUUAAAAGAAAAAUGUUCAGAUUACAGUCUCACUUUACUGAUGACUUUCAAGCGUUUGCUUCCUGCUGGAAUGAUGACUGUGAUAUUAGUCGAUUUUCCGAUCAUUUGACUGUUUGGCUUGAUCGAUAUAUUGGCAUACCAGCAGAAAAUGUUAUAAUGACAAGCACAUUUCAAGCUAAUUUUCAACCUUGGUGUACAUUUAAUUAUGACGAAGCACUGUUCGAUGAAUGUUGGUUGAAUUGUUCAAUAGAGUUGCGAGAAGAAACGCAGUGGAAUGAUUUAAAAGAUAAUGUAAAUUGUUAG